UAUUAGUCAUUCUACGAGAGCUGUCGUCCCUCAGUCGUUCAAUCAUUAACUGACAACGUUCCUGAACCUCUCACUUCAUGAUGAGUAAUUAUUAAAUAACCUGUUUAGUGUGUGUACACUUCGGGUUCAGCAACAGGAUGUUAGUCUCCAGACCGCCGAAGAAAGAGAGAAAAAUAUGAGGAUUAAUGGAGACUAAAGAAACCGAAAGAAAGAUGACGUUAAACGACGACAUUAAACACACGAAAUUCAUGAAGUUUUUCUCCGCGGUGUUUUACGCAUGUUGUUCGUUUUUCAUCAUCGUGGUGAAUAAAUGUAUUUUAACCCAGUACAAGUUUCCCUCAUUUAUGUUUCUUGGAAUUGGGCAGAUGGCAGCAACAAUCAUCAUUCUGUUUGUUGCCAAAAAGAACAAAGUGAUCCAUUUUCAGGACUUUGACAAAACUAUCCCUGGAAAGAUUUUUCCUUUGCCAUUGCUGUAUGUGGGCAAUCAUGUAACCGGACUGGGAGGAACAAAGAAACUGAGUUUACCCAUGUUCACCGUACUCAGAAAAUUCACCAUUUUACUGACAAUGAUCAUGGAAUCAAGGAUACUGAGAAAAACCUUCCCGUCGUCGCUGGUGUUCAGUGUUCUGGCGAUAGUUCUGGGCGCUCUGAUCGCAGCGAGCUCGGAUCUGUCCUUUAAUGCGGAAGGCUACACGUUUGUUCUGCUGAACGACGUCUUCACGGCCGCCAGUGGCGUUUACACCAAGAAGAAACUUGGAAUGGAGGAGCUCGGGAAAUAUGGAGUUUUGUUUUAUAAUGCAUUUAUCAUUAUUAUACCAACUGCGCUGGUGAGCGCUUACUCUGGAGAUUUACAAAAGGCCCUUGCCUUUGAGGGAUGGCUGUCUUUUACAUUCAUAUUUUAUUUUUUACUGUCUUGUGUCAUGGGGUUUAUUUUGAUGUAUUCUAUCAUCCUCUGCAGCUUUUACAACACGGCACUGACAACGACAGUCGUUGGAGCGAUUAAAAAUGUUGCUGUGAUGUAUAUCGGCAUGUUUGUUGGUGGAGACUAUAUCUUCUCAUGGACGAACUUUAUAGGCCUGAAUAUAUGCGUCUCAGCGGGACUGAUUUACUCCUACAUCACGUUCAGCGGCAGCUCCUCGGAAGGAGCGAACCCGUCCGAACACACAGCGAUCCGCAUCACAGACGACCAUCCCGAGAAAACAUGAUACUACAGUUUGCAUCUCAAUGUUUAGCCUUUUUUUUAUUUAAAUUUUGGGAGGACAAUCACUUGCUGCUCGACGAACAUACAAACCUGUUCCAUGUUUUAUACCCUUAAUUAAAUAAAAACAAACAUGACAACCAAGAACGAUGUAUAUCAUUUAAUCAGGACUUGAAGUGCUAACACACUAAGUUCGGCUAAUGAGUAAAAAAAAAAGCCAGCUUACAAAAUUUACAAAGUCCUUUCAGCACAGCGAACACAACGUCUCAAAAACAAAACACAUGAUUACAUUCUGCUGUCGUGACGUAAUCGCCUGGGAUCGUUUCGCUUUUACACGGUACACCAUGCACGGCUUUCUGAGGGUUUUUUAGGGGGAAUAUAUUACUUCACUUAUAAAAUGGAGAAAUAAACUCAAUAAGUCAUAUAUAAACAAAAAAAAAAAGUCCAAUUAACUCUCUCAAAAACAUGCAUUCACCAAAUGAAGAGGAAAGACGCUGAUUUUAACUGCAUCAAGCAUGAAAUCUGCGAAUGCAUUUAAUCCAAAGAACAUAAUAAGAACUACUAAAUUACACGUGAACAGAAUGUAGUGUUACGGAUUAUGAAGACACCGAAA